AUUCUGAGAGAAAAGAAAAAACCUAGCAGCAGCUGCCGUCUUCCCCUGUUCUUGCUCUUUCUUCGCUGAGUCUCCUCUGAGCUUCGUAAGGAUGGACUCUCAGACCAAGCACGCAUUGGUGGUGAAGGUGAUGGGUCGGACUGGAUCCAGGGGUCAGGUGACUCAGGUCAGGGUCAAGUUCAUGGACGACCCCAACCGUUUCAUCAUGAGGAAUGUCAAGGGACCAGUGAGAGAAGGCGACGUCCUCACCUUGCUCGAGUCCGAGAGAGAGGCCAGGAGGCUUCGUUGAGAUCCUGCUUGCCUUCCGGUUUGGGUACUGGUCGUCCGGUGGAUUGUUAUUGUGGUGGUUAGUAGUUAUGUGUCCAUGGAAACUUAAGAGCAAUUGAGGGUUUGUUUUACGUUUGAUCUACCGAAUCAAAUUUUUGCUGUCAUGUUGCUGUUUAUUGGGAGCUCUAUAAUGUAAGGAUUUUUUUAAGUGUUAAUCAUUCUGAACUUUGAAUCUCCCUUCCU